GUCCAACCGCACUCAGUCGUCACUAGUGUCUCGAACUGUGAACACGUACACCUCGCUCACUCGUGGGCUUUAUUCCAUCCCUGGAUAAAAAAAGACUUAAAUUUUAAAAAUGGCGUACCACGGCCCCUCCUACGGUCUCAGCAGGGAAUGUCAGAUGAAGAGCCAGGCCAAGUUCGACAUCAACAGAGCCCGAGAGGCGUGCGACUGGGUGGAGGCAGUCACGAAGAUGCCCUUAGAAUUCCCCACGGCGGAAGGCCUCACCGACCAGCUGGCAUUCGGACAUGCCCUGAAAGACGGCAUCGCCCUCUGCACGUUGUUGAACUGCCUCCAGCCAGGCGCAGUCAAGCGAAUCAACACUAUGAAAGCGCCGUUCAAACAGAGGGAGAACUUGGAGAUGUUCCUCAAGGGCUGCGAAAGCUACGGCCUCAAGAGCCAGGACCUCUUCCAGGUGAACGACCUCUACGAGAACAAGAACCUCUACAUGGUUGUCGACUGCCUGUACGCCCUCGGAGGUCUCGCCCAGAAGAGGAGCUACGACGGCCCCGUGAUUGGCGUUAAGGUAGCGAUGGAGAACAAGAGGAAUUUCACCGAAGACAAGCUUAGAGAAUCUCAGAAGAUCAUCGGCCUCCAGUACGGCAGCAACAAGGGCGCCUCCCAGGCCGGCAUGACGGCCUACGGAACCGGCAGGCAGAUCAUCCCGGGAGAGUCACAAAAAAUUGUAUCAAACGAAAGUCACAAGAUCAUCGGCCUUCAGUCCGGGAGCAACAAAGGAGCAUCACAGGCAGGCAUGACCCCCUAUGGAGCGGCUCGCCAGAUUAUCCCUGAUGAUAUGAUUGAAAACAACAACUGAAAGCUCAAAGCAUGUUUGACAUCAGCUUCAAGACUGAAACACUGAAGUACGUGCCAUGCUAACAAGAAAGGAAAUUUAUACUGUAUUUAUGUCCAUCAUAAACACACAUAUAUAUAUCUGAGCUAAAGUGCUGUUCAAGAUUCCAAUGAAGUAUUCUUUCAUAUAAAAAAUGGUGCAACCACGAUGGAUUACUUCUGUUGCCUUUUUUUUCUAAUGCCUUUCAAGGAGUCGGAUUCAUGGACAUCCCCUUACAAAUGGCCAACUGAAAUGUCAUCUUUUUGCAAGAACUAAAUGCCUCAUGAAUCUUGCAACCUUUGUUGGAAUUUU